AGCCCCGACGGACGGGGCCUGGCGGCCGGGAGCGAACCGCGACGCAAGGUAGCCCCGAGCACCGUGGCGGCGGCCCGGUAGCAGCAUGAACGAGACGUGCCUGUCUAGCGUGCCGCCGGACAAGCUCUACGAGCCGGUCACUGUGGCCCUGUUCCUUGUGCUGGGCUUCAUCAACGUACUCGUCAUUUUCGGCAACCUGCUGGUCAUGGUGGCCGUGCUGGCGUCCACGAAGCUGCGUACGGUCACCAACUACUUCGUGGUGUCGCUGGCCGUGGCCGACCUGUCGGUGGGGCUCGUCGUGCUGCCCUACUCAAUUGCGUUAGAGGUGCUCGAGGUGUGGCUCUUCGGCCACACCUGGUGCCAGAUCUGGCUCGCUGUGGAUGUGUGGCUCUGCACUUCGUCCAUCCUGAAUCUGUGCGCCAUCAGCGUGGACCGAUACCUGGCCAUCACGCGGCCGGUUCGCUACCGCAGCCUCAUGUCGUCGCGCCGCGCCAAGCUGCUCAUAGUGGCGGUGUGGGUGAUUGCUUUCGUCAUCUGCUUCCCGCCGCUCGUCGGCUGGAACGACGGGACUCAAAACAGCGUGCCUUACCACGGGUUGAACGAGACCUCGCACAAUUUGAGCAUCGUUGCCGAUGAACCAUUGCCGCUCUGCGAGUCCGCGCAGUGUGUGCUCAUAAACAACAAGGGCUACGUUAUCUACUCAGCUCUGGGCUCCUUCUACAUACCGAUGCUGUUCAUGCUGUUUUUCAACUACCGCAUAUACCGCGCCGCCAUCCAAACUGGACGUGCCCUUGAGCGAGGCUUCAUAACCACAAAGUCAGGCAAGAUCAAAGGACGCACGCAGGACCAGAGGCUUACGCUGCGCGUCCAUCGCGGCAACGAUUCCGCUAUGAACGCCAAGCGAGGCAGCGAGCACCUCGGUGCUGAGACCUGCAUCGACGGCAUCGUCACCGGCCGUCGCAGACCCGGACUCAAGAAGUCGCGGGACGAGCCAUCAGCCAGCGCCCGGUCGUCUGCCAGCAAGGCGCGUCAACAGAGUGACCAGCGGGCCACGCGCUCGGCGCCGCCUUCGUUCAAGUCGAACAGGGGCAGCGCCCGCAACAGUGGACACAACGGCACCAGCGGCGGCGGCAGCAAGAGCUCACGCUCGAGCAAACGCAGUCAGCGCUGGCAGGCCAAGCGGUUCCGCACUGAGGCCAAGGCCACCAAGACCGUGGGCACUAUCGUGGGCGGCUUCAUAUGCUGCUGGCUGCCCUUCUUCACCGUGUACUUGGUGCGUGCAUUCUGCGAGCACUGCAUCCCCAACCUGCUGUUCUCGGUCUUCUUCUGGCUCGGAUACUGCAACUCGGCCAUCAACCCGCUCAUCUACGCGCUCGUCAGCAAGGACUUUCGGAUGGCCUUCAAGCGCAUCCUGUGUCGCUGCCGCCUCAAAGAGGGAGGCGUCUCGUCACUCAUCAAACAGAUCCACAUGCUCACUGUACUCGACGACGCACCCCCGGACAACGCCGAGUCGCCCUAGAAUCCUGGUCACAUCCUUCUCCUGCUCGUGCUGUUGGGGCACUUCCGCUGGGCGCCACUACUUGUUUGCACCUCACCCGCUCACUGCACGGCGUGUCUGUGCCGUAGUGACUUUGUCGGUGUCCAUCUCACGGCUGUAAGGUCGUUUUCCUCACCCACGUGAAUCACUAUAGCAGCAGAGCAAACGUGCCAGUACCAGAGCGUUUCUGCCACACGUUUGUCACACGAUCAGUUGUUAACUGUUUGUACACACUAAGUGUCUCGUUGUUACUAGGCGUUCGUGGUCGUCCCUACGCUGCUGUGCGCACUUGGUUCGUACUUGUGCGUAACGAUAUGAUCUCUUUCACGUUUUGUCUAGCCCAGAAGAUGUAAGGUCUCCGCUCCCCGUGAGCGUCCGCAAGCGUUCGAAGGCAGUUCGAACGGUCACAUGCCUACUGAGCCGCAGCCACGGAGCACAAAUUUGUACCAAGAGCACUGUGUCUCUAACAGAAAGUGCCGUGUAGUUUGUAUGCCCCUAGAGCCGGUAGCCAUGCUUUAACACGCAAUGAGUGCCACUGCGAAAGUAAACAAGCAGGAGCACCCAGCUUUCAAUUGAAAGUACGCCGAACAUGUUGCCUGCAUAUUUUCCCUGUGCUCUGCGCAUAUUCCUUCUUGUUUUGUAAAUGAAGGCAAAUGAAUCAGGUAUUUAGGUGUGUGUAAUCAGAGUCAUGAAAUAUAAGUUAUAAAUCAUAUUAUUUUAUUAAUGAAAUUUUCACUACUGUCCGAGUUGUCUUAAUUGCUGAGGAGAUAUUGGUGGGUUCAUUGGUUGGCCAUUAUCGUUUCACAGGCAGCGCACUUGUUAAGACAUGGAGUAACAAUAAAUCACGCAAAUAGGAGCCCUGAACUGCAAAUGCAGGUUUAUUGCUGCGUGAGAAGCAUCUAUAUUUGCGCUUGCACUCAACGCACGCGCCAGUGAAAGCGAGAGGGGAUGAAUGGGGUGCAUCAAACAGAUAUGAUUAAGACCGAGGACCUUAAGGGGAAGCUUUAGCUCGAGAGCUCCCGUCUAAAUGCACGAGAAAAGAGAAAUCGUUUUUCUCGACCAGCACUGCACCGAAUUUAAUGAGGUUUCUUGCACUUAAAGGAAAACGUUAAAAUCUGGUGACUAGGAAGAGUAUCUUUUAUUUCGGUGGUCAAUCUUUUCAUAAAAUUUUUUUUAAUAUCACCAAUUUUCAGCAAAGUAAAUUAUCAAGUUUACAACUCUCUAAGUCAACAAUGCAAAUUAUAUCACAAUUUUGCAAAUUGCAUCAAAUCUAAAGGUGACAGUCUGAAGGGGACAAAAUUGAUGCAUUAUGCGUGGCUCUCAAAUACACCACUGCUAUGUGAGUAGGACUUUUUCAGCACCCUCGUAAACAAUAUAACAAGUUUAUGUGACAUAACAGUUAAUAUAUCAAUUCUCUCCACUUUGAAUCUUCUAACUGAAGCAAUUUAGAUAACUGCGAUCUCAUUUUGGUGCAGUUACGGAUUUGUUAAGCUCGUGCUUCUAUUUCUUUCACAUCAAUUUUCGGCAAUGUUCGCAAAGGCAUUCAAGCCCUAAAUAAAAAUUAUGCCUUCAAAAGCCAGUAAAAUUUAACUUCCUUCUUAAUAUGCAACAAAUUUCUUUAAAAUCGACCCUGGGCUCAUCUCAGAUAAGAAUUUCGGCGUUUUACAUGUAUUUGGAUAGACGACUUUGGAGUUGGGCACGAGCUAAUGCUUCCUCUUAAACACAAAAGGCCACAUAAGAAGUACCCGAAAAAAAAUUCACCGACGAUUAUGAUACUCCCUAACGCGAAUUUUGAGCGCAGCAAUUUGGGUGUUUUGAUUUCGCUAUAUAAUUUUUUUCUGAACGACAGGGUCCUCUAGGCGGCGGCGCUGAGCCUCUGCUCGGGCAGCUCACUCAGCAGCAGCGGCAGACGAAGCAUUUCCACCGUUGCGUCGCUCAUUGUUCAGAAAGAAAGCGGGAAUACGGGAAGACGUUGCUCGCGCGGAGGGCCUUCUCUAGCGGCGGUGGCGCAGGCGAAGUAGCGCAUGCGCGGUGGGUCCGAAGCCCACGUCAGCGCUUGGUUUACAUAUAUGGUAUAGGUGGACGCGCUCGCCGCAUGCCUCGUCGCCGACCUGAGCCUACCUGAAGGUGGUGUUGCCUGAACCACGUCUCGUGCGGUACACCGCUUUCUUCCUCACCUUUUCGCCAUACUCCCCUCCCCCGCUUUCCUCCUCGCACUCUCUUCGCUCUCGCUCUCGCCGGGAAGAUGCAUCAACACACGGCUGAUGAAGCACAGAUACCACUGCUCGAAAAAAAGAUUCGGGUCACCUGGCUCUCCACUGCAGAGAUGCGGCUGCUCACCCCAAAUGGCACAUACCAAUGUGGUGUGCUGAACAAGACGCAAACUUACACAGGGGAAUCUUAGAAGUGAUGUACAUUCACAGGAUGAAGGACACGUGUGUUAGUUGCUCUUCGGUAGCUUUUUCAGAAAAAAGAAAAGAAAAAGUUCUUACGCAUCUGAUUGCCCCAAAGUCAAGGGUGGCGUAUUGUUUGGUUCCGCUUUGUUUACCCAGCUUCAUUUUUUUAAAUAUUGUCAUUUGUGGUUAAGGUCAUCAUCGGCCUCAAUAUUAUCCUUCUGAAGCAACUAGUCCUUCAUCCUCCUCUUCCUUUCACCAGCGCAUGUACAGUGUUCAAGGACAAAUGUACGAGUAAAUGCUUCUCGCACCGCAAUAAACCUUCAGUUGGAGUUCAGCGCUCGUGUUUAUGGGAUUUAGUAUUAGUCAGUGCCUUAAAGGUGUGCUGCCUAUAAAAUAAAAUUGGCUUAAUUGACCGCCUUUCCGUAACUGCAAUUAUGCGUAGUGGUAUCCGGUGAGUAUAAAGUGAUAAGGAAAUUGCAAAGUAGUUCGGAAACCCGAACAUUGUCGUUGCAUUUGAUGAAGGAGCUCGACCGAAGUGUUUCAACGUGCGACAAAUUGCUCCUACUUUCACCUAGAUGUCUCUUUUAUCUGCCUACCUUGCGAUUUGUAUUGCAGAUGUCCACAUGCCAAGACUAUAGAAACAACACGCACGAACUGUGCCUGUGCUGCUUUUUCUACCCUGGGAGACGCAUUUCAAAAAUGUACUUCACAUGGCAUGCCUGUAGUGUUUCUUAUUUAUGCUACCUACGUUGAGCAUUUUAACUAUUUUUGGUUGACUUUUCAUGUGAUAUACUCAUAAAAGUUUCAUGCUGAGUGCGAAGUGGUGGAUGCCUUGUCCUCAAAUAUUUAUACGUUUUAACGUUUGACAAGUGAGAAAAUUUUUUUGUCGUUAUUGUUAUUGUUGCUGCUGUUAUAUUAUUAAAUAGGCAACGACACUGCGAAGAAACAGCGUCACGAGAACAGCAAAAAGCCGUUUGCUGGGUAGUUAUAAAUCUCCCACCUCUACCUUUCUGUUUUCUUUUUUUCUGCGCCACAAUCCUUUCCUUUCUUCGUGUUUUUCAGCACAGCUAGAGCUUAAUAACAUUAUAGACUUCUUUUACGUAACACCAUAUGUAGUGAUCUUUCUAAGGACUUGAAUUUGCAUCUGGCUGAUCAUGAAUUGUUUUUCUAUAUUGAAACGAUUUACUGUGCCCACAGCGCAGCCUUAUGUUGUGUAAUGCGUCCACAUGCCGGUCUUUAUGUGCAACUGUUUUCUAGUCAGGUCCGCAGCUUUACGCAGAUUGUCCGAUAAUCGUUUGUUAGGAGUACAGGGUCUCUGUUAAGUUAUUCUUUGAGAGGUAGAGCCACGUACAACAAACUUUGCACAACAUUUCAUGUCAAGAAUGAAGCUCACAGAGAGGUUUGCUCCGCGCCGCCAUUAAGCAUGCAUCAGGCAGGCUAAUUUAAACUUUGCACAGCUUCAGUACUGCUUAGCAUGAAAAAAAAAGCAAGUUGGUUUGGCUCCUCCGCUAAUUAAGUAACUCAUAAUCUCAUAAUCAGGAAUGAUCAAAGCGUAACAAAAUAGAACACUCACGAAAACCGCGAGAGCGUCCUACCAAUCAAUGCACGCGGUAGUACGGCAAGCAUUAAGGUUUGCUUAUGAAAACCUGAUUUCGCAGUCUCCUGCAAAGCCCUCUGAGUGAAAGCGACUGCCCUGUUUUACAUUGUCUCCUGUCGCCUAACCAGCAAUGUGUCAACGGGGCACCGAGGCAUUAUUAUUCGACCUUUCCUUUGUUCUGAUUUCUCAAAAUGUUUCAUCUUUUCUCUUGCAACAGGAUGUACACUGUUGUGUCACGCAAGAUCACUACCAACAUUGACGAAUUAUUCUUGCAGUUUAUUAGAAGACGUUCAGUACUGCAUCACCAAAAUUAAAAAAAUAAUAAGAAGAAAACAGACAAUAGUAGCAGCGUGAUGUAAGCAUGACUAUUUCGAUAGACAUCUUAGUGUAGCAUGCAUUGCAGGAGCUCUCACUGAGACUUUUCCUGUUCCAUGCAACACAUCUUUAUCUACACGAGCGGAGCGUAAGGCUCAGUGACGCAGCAACAUAGUAUUCGAGAAAAUAUAUAAAGUCUACUUAUAAAAGACCUUGCCCUCAACCAUGACUACUACUUUUACUGGCAAUAUAUUCAAUGACUGAUAAAAUUAUGCGUUCUUUAAUAUCAGGUCACUUCCACGCAUGCUCUAUUCCCAUCUGAAGUGUAUAAGUCGCAUUAAGGUGGGCGAUAACGGUUAGUACAAACGCCAACAAGCUGCGUUUAUGAUAAGUGCCGGUGACUCGAAGUGUGUGGCAGAAUUUUAUGUGGACAUCAUUGUGUGUGUUAGAGAGAGAAAGGCAAAGGAAAAACAGGGAGGUUCACUAGAGAUUAUCUCCGGUUGGCUACCCUAUACAUGGGGAGAGGCAAGAGGAUGUGAUAGAUGAGAAAAAAAGAACACGAAAAGAAAAGAACAAGAAUACCGCACUGACAGACCUCAUUGUGCUACUUAAAGCAACUACCUGCUGCGAAACUGUUGUUAUUCAUAACCACAGACCUCUGAUACGUAAUUUAUACUCCUUUAUUUUGCUUUGUUACGGCUGUUGCUGCUAUUGUCUAGGCGAAAACACGCUCCAGUGUGUUGCCGUCGUGCUUCGGAGCGGCGUCUUUUUUUAAAACUUUAUUGGAUUUGUUAUCCAUUGGUAAAACAGCGUUCAUAAAUUGCAAAGAGAUAACACCUAAUAUAAGUUUGAAGCAACUGACAUGCUGUUAAUAUUUGUCGUUGGAUUUACGGGAAAAAAGUAAUCCGAGAUGAAAAUAAAAACGCAAGUUCGUUCAUCGUAGAAGUAAUACUGAGACGAGAUUCACAUAUCUGCAUCUGAGAUGCAGAUAUGCAAACUAUAUAAAGUAUGUUGCACUUUGCGCUUUUGGGACAGGCUGCACUUGCAUAAGGUCAACAUAACCAGAGAGCUCUCAGCAGAAAACAGCGCAGACGCAUAUUUUCUGCGUCCGUUGAGAAAGCACAUGCGCGUGCUGGCCGCGGCGGUCAAUCGUGAGGACAAUUUUUUUUUUGUAUUAUCACUAAGUGGUGUUUCUUAUUUCUCCCAUGUAUGUCUGUUGAUAAUGUUCCAUUUCUGUUCCGUUCUACCUUUGUUUCUUUUGUUUUCUCUCUCCAUAGCAUGUCUUGUGCUUGCGUACUAAAAGCGCACCAUCUUCAGAUGUACCUUGCCCACUGAGAACGCGGUCAGUGCUAUAGGUCAAUGCUAUAGGAAUGUGAGCGCUGAGGCUCACAUUCUAACCCCCAGUGCUUACCCUUCGCACCAUUUCGAUGCCAGGAGCGCCAAAGAGACCAGUUCACUUUGUCCAGAAGCUUUGCUUAAACUAGUAUUGGCUCGGCAAGCCUUGACAACGGCAGUACAGGUUUCCACUGCCGAGAAAAAAUGCCGCGAGACGGCAAUCGUUGCACUCAACGGCAGGCAUUUAUUGCUUUGGCAUUUAUGCUUCAGAAGCUUCCUGGCUUCCACUUCUUCCAGUGAAAGCACAGAUUACACAAUACUGAAAGCACAGAUUACAUACGCGUAGAAAAACAAGUAAAUUGUAAUGCAUGUUCACAAUACACAGGCGUCGGAGACGCGUGCAGGGGAUAGGGGUGUAGUGACUUUGUUCCUUAUCACUAGUAAUGGCACGAAAAUUACAGCGACUAGUUUUUGGUCUUACUAAUUACGAGACUAUGUUUUAAAAUUUUAAUCCAUGCAGCGUUGUACGAAAUUUAACUCACUUCUACUGACUAGAUAAUAGUUAAGGAACACAUUAGUGUCAAUAGGAACUUCUGAACCCCGCAAAUAAAUAAGUAUUCGUCGCUAUCACACGAAAAAGUAGAGUCACUAUGUCUUGUGAUAUCAAGUUUCAGCCUUGUACACCACGCGGUGCAAGUAGUAUACGCUUUCCCAAUUGGAUACGCAGUCCGUGUCUUAUUAAAAGGGCACAUCUCAUUCACAAGAUUAGGUUAAGCACUUUCAGCUGACUUCUUGAGCAAGGGUAGCCGCGAUGUGACAUAUUUGACUGACAGGUAUUAAAAUUAAUAGUAUUUCAUCAAUAAUAAUUACUGGAUAAGUAAUGUAUGAACAUCUAAUUAAACAACCUAUAUAUAUAUAU